AUGAUCAAUGCGGUUCUUGUUUUCAAUAAUGCUGGGCAACCACGCCUUACAAAGUUUUAUACACAAUUAGAAACAUCAGUUCAACAACGACUCAUCUCAGAAAUAUUUACCCUCGUUUCUAAUCGUCCUGCCGGCUCAUGCAACUUCCUCCCACUUCCGCCUCUUCUUGCUUCCUCCUCCACAUCCAAAACAGAUUCAUCUCCUCAUAAUGAUAUUCCCUCCCUCGUCACCUACCGUCAUUAUGCAACACUCUACUUCAUCAUCAUCUCAACAUCCACCGAAUCCCCACUUGCUCUUAUUGAUUUGAUACAAGUCUAUGUGGAGGCACUUGAUCGAUUAUUUGAGAAUGUAUGCGAGCUGGAUUUGAUCUUCAACUUCGAGACGCUACAUUCUACUUUGAGCGAGAUGAUCGUAGGGGGCGUUGUGAUUGAGACACAGCUAGAGAGAGUAGUAGAAGGGGUGAAGGCACAAGGAAAGGUGGCAAAGAGGCCGUUGAACGAAGGGAGGGGCGGGGCAUUAGGAGGGAUGGGAAUGGGCGGUAAUUUUGCUUGGGCUUCCAGGUGA